GUUCCUGCCAGGUCCACGCAUCAACUUCUAUAUCCUUCAGCCUUGCAUAUACCUUGGCCCCCUGCAAGAAGCAGGCUUGUAAAAGGUUCUAUUCACAACCUUUUCCCAAACUCGCCAUAUAAUAUUAUGGUUGCCCAAUAUUCAACCAGUGUUGCACUAUACUUCUAGGCCAGUAUGCCUUGUCAAUGCACUGCCACUACGCUGGAACCAAAGUUGUUGAUCACGGACGCCAGACAGGAAGCAAGGGAAGAAGAAAACCAGAACGCAAGCACAGACACAUCUACGAACAGGAGCGAUGCCGCAGGCACAAAGUCAGCUCAGGCAAUAAAGAAGCAGAUCAGAUCAUGGCCUGUUAUUCUGUCAUUGGAGCAAGGUGCGCUGAGAUUGUCUACAGGUGUGAUUUUGUGGCUCAGAAAGAAACCAAAGCGCGCUCGCAUAGGAACGCAUCCAGCCUGGCCAGGAUACACAGGAGUCGGCACUAAGCUCAAAGUCGAACUCGAAUUCAAAGCAUACACAUCCCAAUGUCUAGUCAAUAACACGGUUCUGAGCAGCUAUCCAAUGCGAGGCCACCGAAACCUAACCCCCAAACAACUUGCGGCACGCGACAAGAUAAUAUCAAUGUGGAACAUUGUCAAGGAUAGAGAAGAGCAACUCAAUACCCUCGAGCUGAACAAGUUCACGCGCCUGUUCGACGAAUUCUUCUUCUUCGGCAUCAUGACCAAGAAUAGCAUGCUUCCUCGUCUCAAGUCAAAAAUGUGGGAGAUGACGCCGAGGAAUCUAGCCAAGCAUGGCGAAAAAUACAAGAAGGGCGAAGAUACUAGGAUAGUAUGGGGCGUAACAUGUGAAGAAUACCUCCGUGGGCUAGGUCCCUUCGCGAAGAUAAAGAUCACCGGCGCAAGUUUCUACGAGAAAGAUAGGACAGUAGUGAAUGCGCAUUUCUUCCUCGAGACGCUCAUCCACGAGAUGGUGCACGCUUACGUCGAAAUGUACCUAUGCAACUGCAUAAUGUGCUUCAAGGACUUGCCCAACAAUGCCGGCGUGACGGGCCAUGGGAGAACAUUCGUGCUCCUGCUCGCAUGCAUCGACAGCACACUAAGAUCCUGGGGCGUGGGACUCUCAGGUCUCACCCUGCCUGUGCAUGAUCCUAGGCGUCCUGGUACAACACCACCGCAUUGUCUGAACGAAAUCAGGAGUCUGUAUGAAAGAGAACAGGCGCAUUGCAAGAUGAUCAGAGAUCUAGCAGCUGAGAAAGGGAAAGAUGAAGCAAAAAAACAGGCGAAUGACAAGGCGGACGAUACUAGUAUUACCCCUGCGCCUCCGUCUUCGCCUCCUCCUGCCCCUGAAUCAACUAAGGAUGGAGCACCGCCAGAACGAUCAGAGUCCAUGCUCAUGGAGAACCUAAGUCAUUUGGUGAUAAAAAACUUCCAAUUCAACGACCUACGAGAGUUCACCGAGAGAGUCCCCGGCGAGAAUGUGUGCAUCACGAGCAUUAAGGAUGUGUCAAAAGGGGUUACUCGAGUCAACCCAAAGAAGUUGGAGGAGACGGGGGAUCUCGUGCAGGCGUUGAUUGCACAACAGACCACGCUGGAUAACGUGAAAGCCUGGACGAAGCGUAAUCUCGACUGGGAGAAACUAAAAGACAAGGCGAGCGAUUUCCACUUGCUAAGAAAGAGGGAAGAGGAGAGCGAGGCGAAGUCGGCGGAUGCUGAUAACGCAGGUGAAGCCAACAAGACAGCUGAAGCCAACAACCCAGACAAAGUCAAAAAGCGACGGAAGACGAGACCGCGACCGCGAACACUACCGAAACACGAAGAAUCGUUCGCAAUUCGCACACCCCGUCCACCCCGUCCACCCCCUAUCACCCCCUUACCGACCUUGGAGGAAGAAGAGCCCAUUUAACAUCCCUUUGCACAGCGGGAAGGGAUAUAUUGAUUUCUAGAUACCCACAUACCCACAUACCUCGGCUAGGAUCUUUUCAGGGAAUAUGGGUUGCGCAGGAUUUCAAAGGACGAACAAAGGAUUGAUGUUUCGUCCGAGAGCUUCAGGAUGCCAGGAUAUCACGAAUGAAGAGGGCGAAAUAAUGGAUAACCUCACUUCCGGUGGUAUUUAUAGCUUAUGCCCCAUCGGAAAUCAACG